UUUACGCGCCAAAAAUUGUGGUCUUAGGCAUUAAACUGAUACUUUUGUCGUUUCCUAAAGUAAAGUAAACUUAACUUAAUAAUUACAAUUGAGUUACUAUUCUUGAACUGUGUCUAUAAUCGUCGUUAAAUUAUGGAAGGCUUUGAUGAUCCAGGAGUUUUCUUUUCUGAUAACUUUGGUGUUGAAGAGAAUGAAUCUCAAGAUCAAAUUAACCUACAAGCUGUGAAAAAGAAAUUUAAAGAAUUUAUACGACAAUUUCACACUGGAAACUUUAAUUUCAAAUAUAGAGAUGCUCUUAAACGUAAUUACAAUUUAAGCCAAUAUUGGGUAGAAAUAAAUAUUGAAGAUUUAUCAAGCUUUGAUGAAGUUCUAGCUGAGAAACUGUAUAAAAAGCCUACUGAACAUCUGCCUAUAUUAGAAGAGGCAGCAAAGGAGUUAGCUGAUGAGUUAACAGCACCAAGGCCGGAAGGUGAAGAAAAAGUUGAAGAUAUCCAAGUACUACUGACUUCCGAUGCACAUGCUUCAAAUUUACGAGAACUUAAAUCAGAAACUGUCUCCAGAUUAGUAAAAAUACCAGGGAUAGUGAUAUCUGCGUCUGGCAUUAAAGCAAAAGCCACCAAAAUAUCCAUACAAUGUCGUUCGUGCCGAAACAUUAUACCCAAUUUACCAGUCAAGCCAGGUUUGGAAGGAUAUGUUAUGCCGAGGAAGUGUAACACAGAACAAGCUGGCCGGCCCAAAUGUCCUUUGGAUCCAUAUUUUAUUAUUCCCGAUAAAUGCAAAUGUAUUGACUAUCAGGUUUUGAAGUUGCAAGAAUCUCCAGAAAGCAUUCCACAGGGUGAACUACCCCGUCAUCUGACAGUAUACUGCGAGCGUGUACUAUGUGAACGCGUUGCACCUGGCGCCAGAGUUACUGUGCUGGGAAUAUAUUCUAUUAAAAAAAUUGCAAAAAUUGGAAGAGAAGGUCGUGAUAAAGGGUCAGUUGGUGUCCGUUCAUCGUACCUCAGAGCUGUAGGCCUGACGGCUGAAGAAGGUGUUACGGGUGGCUUACGUCCGUUCACAGCAGAGGAAGAAGAACAGUUUAGAAGACUAGCAGCUUCGCCCGAUAUCUAUGAACGCAUUGCGAAGUCAAUUGCGCCCAGUGUAUUUGGUGCAGUUGAUAUGAAAAAAGCCAUUGCUACAUUACUAUUUGGAGGUUCCCGUAAAAGGCUCCCCGAUGGCCUGACCCGACGUGGGGACAUCAAUAUAUUGCUACUUGGAGACCCUGGCACAGCUAAAUCACAACUUCUGAAGUUUGUAGAGAAAGUUGCCCCCAUUGGCGUGUACACUUCAGGGAAGGGCUCCAGUGCCGCUGGUCUCACUGCUUCGGUUAUUCGAGAUCCUGGAAGUCGCAACUUUGUGAUGGAAGGCGGUGCGAUGGUACUGGCCGAUGGCGGCGUGGUCUGCAUUGACGAGUUCGACAAGAUGCGAGAAGAUGAUCGUGUUGCUAUUCACGAAGCUAUGGAGCAACAAACUAUUUCUAUUGCAAAGGCUGGUAUAACAACAACACUGAAUUCUCGAUGCUCAGUAUUGGCGGCUGCGAACUCUGUCUUCGGACGGUGGGACGACACAAAAGCCGAUGACAAUAUCGAUUUUAUGCCUACCAUCCUAUCCAGAUUCGAUAUGAUCUUUAUUGUCAAAGAUGAACAUGAUCAGAAUCGUGAUAUUACGCUGGCAAAGCACAUAAUCUCUGUUCAUAUGGGGGGCGACAGUGCAGAGCGUGAAGGGGACGCUGCGGCAGGAGAGUUACCGCUGGCACUGUUGCGACGAUACGCUGCGUAUUGUCGCGCACGCUGCGGACCACGCCUCGCAGAAACUGCCGCCGAGCGACUGCGCGCCCGCUACGUGCUUAUGCGCACAGGGGCCUCACACCACGAGCGGCAAGCGGACAAACGCCUCUCCAUACCUAUAACUGUCAGACAAUUGGAAGCCAUUGUCCGGAUAUCGGAAUCCUUAGCGAAAAUGCGCUUACAACCUUUUGCCACUGAGGCGCACGUUAAUGAAGCUCUUCGCUUAUUCCAAGUGUCGACACUAGACGCGGCUAUGACUGGCAGUUUAGCAGGGGCAGAAGGCUUUACAACUGAGGAAGAUCAUGAAAUGUUAUCACGUAUUGAAAAACAAUUAAAACGCAGAUUCGCAGUCGGCUCUCAAGUAUCAGAACAGACUAUUAUUCAGGACUUCCUAAGACAAAAGUACCCUGAACGAGCUAUUCUCAAAGUUAUCCACACGAUGAUAAGACGCGGUGAACUGCAACAUCGUCUCCAAAGGAAAAUGCUUUACAGAUUGUCGUGAAUUUCAUUUUAUAUGUUAAACUUAUUUUUUUUUUUAUAAAUAAAAUCCAAUUUUGACAAAACAAAUUUAUUUAAUUAUUCAAUAUGUAACUUAAAAGCAUACAUGUAACAUUUUUUUAAAUCAGUUAAACUGAUUCGUUAUAAAGCUAAGCAGUUACGCUAGUCUUGACACCAUAAUAAUAUAGAUAAUUACAAUAGAGGUAGUUAUUAUAUACUUUAUUCCUGAUAUAUGUGAAUGACCUCUGUAAGUUACAUCUAAUGAAUUCAAGAAUGGUCACUUAUGCAGAUGAUACGGCGUUAAUCGUUUACGGUAAAGACUGGACUGAAGCACAGAAUUGUGCGGAAUCCGCAUUCUGAUUUGUGAUGCAAUGGUUGUUUAAUAAUUUACUUCCACUAAAUAUGGACAAAACUAGAUAUAUGACAUUCGCUCCAAGAUUAUCAUCUCAACCCGAUCCUUCAUUUUCACUGACUGCACAUACAUGUAACUUAUCUGACAUAAAUUGUAAUUGUCUCCAAAUUAUUCGCACUAAUAACAUAAAAUACCUGGGCAUACAAAUUGAUAGUACCUUAUCAUGGAACUUUCAAAUUGAGUCUCUAAUAUCUAGAGUCAGGAAAUUAAUAUAUAUCUUCAGAAAUCUACGAAAUAGCGCAGAUUUAAUGACACUAAAAAAUGUAUAUUUUGCACUUGCACUCUUUGAUAAGUUAUUGUAUCUCGGCCUGGGGAGGAUCAGGGAAAUGCUUAUUAUUGCGAUUGGAAAGAUCCCAAAGAGCUGUACUAAAGGUAAUGAUUAAGAAGCCUAUUUAUUAUCCCACUAAAGAAUUGUAUUCCCUUUGUUAUGUACUGACCGUAAGACAGACAUACAUAUUCAGGAGCGUACUCCGUAGACAUUCAGAUAUAGCUUUCAACCCUAACUUUCAUCAUAGUAAACGUAGACCUAGUAUAGUUUGUCCAACACAAUCAUCUAAUCUUGCAGUAGUUCGACGGCAAUAUCAAUAUCUUGGUUCAGUGUUAUAUAACAAAAUUAAUAAGAUAGUUUCCAUUUAUCCACAUACACUCCGCGAAUCUAAAAUAUUGUUGUUUCAAUGGCUUCAGAAAUUAGAUUACGACGACACUGAAAAUCUCGUAAAGGUUUGAAAUGUAUUUGAAUAUAUAUAAAAAAACUCACAUCCAUACCAUCCAACAUAUACAUUUACACAGAUACAUAUACUUACAGAUCUAUAUAAUAACACAUCAAAUCGAAUUAUGCUCACUACAAAUCAUAAACAUUAAAUUACAUUAUAGCAUUCGUUCGUUCGUCUUAAGUUUUUUCAUUGUAAUAUUUUUACAUACAGGUAACCUAAUUAGUGAAUAUUGGCUAAGAAUUUUGUAUUUAAUUUAACUUAUUUAUCUUCCUAAAAGUUAUGUUGUAAACGUAAUCAUGCAUGCCUUUGCUUUGCUUUUUAUUAUUUUUUAUUAUAUAAAUUUAU